AGAGGUGUUUAUUGUGUUCUCACGUGGGUCUCUUGCCUUAGUUCAAAAGUUCAAAAUUGAGCUCUUUCUUCUUCUUCUUCGCGAAAACUUGAAAGCAGUUUUAGGAACAAAAACCAGAGGCUUUGAUUUGAAAAAAAACCCUAAUUUUCAAGAACCCUAAAUUCACCACCAUUUCUUCUCAAAUCCUCUUUCCAAGUUCCAUCCUUUUUAUGUAAAUGCAUCUGAAGAAAUCAUCUGUAACAGAACGACGAUUAAUCGGGAAAGACGAUUCCGAUCCAAACCAUAUCCCCAAUCCGAUUCACCAUCAUCAUCAUCAUCAGAACCCGAAUAAAACUCGAACCGCCAUUGAUAAAGGCUCUGGCUUCACUGUGUACAAUCAUCCGCAAGGUCAGAGUCAUCAUCACACGGUUGAUAUCCCAAUCUCGACUCCGCACCAAAGGUCAAAUUUCUCUGCCGGUGUUGAUCAUUUCCGACGAAGAAACGCACGGGCACGAUUGGGAUCGAUUUCUUCAUUUUUCCCAUCAAAUCUUUUGUCUUUUCUUUCUUCGUAUCGUCCCGUGAUUGCUCGGUUCUUGAGGAAGCUUCUACGUUAUACACUUCGAGCCCGUUUGAUUUGUUUCCAUCUUCGUUUCUUGCUUCUUCUUGCUGUCCCUCCUUUAUACAUCUUCUUCCUUGUAAUCAAUCUUCGUAUUUUUCUUCGUCUAAUCUUUGCGAUUAUCGCUCUUUCCUUCAUCCUCUCGAUCUCUCUCAAAUUCGCUCUUCCUCACUUACCGUCAAUUCGUCUUUUUGUCGCACGCUUGCUAACCUUUAUCCCUGCCAGAUUCUCUUCCUCUCAGCCGAGCACUACUAACCAAGUGAUUUGGUCCAUUGGGUCGAAGCCAGUUGCGGAGAAUAAGACCAAUUCAGGCUCUUGGGUUCAGAAGUUUGGCACUAAUGAUGUGUAUGAAGGAGAGUUUCAUAGAGGAAAGUGUUCAGGAAGUGGAGUUUAUUACUAUUCCAUGAAAGGCAAAUACGAAGGAGAGUGGAUUGAUGGGAAAUAUGAUGGUUAUGGAGUAGAAACAUGGGCUAAAGGAAGUAGGUAUCGAGGUCAAUAUAGGUUAGGGCUAAGGCAUGGAAUUGGAGUCUAUACAUUUUAUACAGGAGAUGUGUAUGCUGGUGAGUGGUCUAAUGGGCAGUGCCAUGGCUGUGGUGUAUAUACCUCUGAGGAUGGAAGUAGAUACGAUGGAGAGUUCAAGUGGGGUGUCAAACAUGGCCUUGGUAGUUACCAUUUCAGAAAUGGCGAUGCAUAUGCUGGGGAGUAUUUUGCGGACAAGAUGCAUGGUUUUGGAGUGUAUCACUUUGCCAACGGGCAUAAGUAUGAAGGAGCUUGGCACGAGGGAAGAAGGCAAGGGCUCGGUAUGUACACUUUCAGGAAUGGUGAGACACAAGCCGGUCAUUGGGAAGACGGUAUACUCAGUUGUGCUACCGAGCAGACUAUCCGUCCUGGAUCAUCUUUUACAAUCAGCCAUUCCAAAGUUGUUGAUGCUGUUGAGAAAGCAAGGAAAGCAGCUGAGAAAGCACAUGAAGUUGUGAAAGUGGAAGAGAGGAUCAAGAGAGCGGUGAUGGCUGCAAAUAGAGCAGCGAAUGCGGCUAGAGUAGCGGCCGUGAAGGCUGUCCAAUCCCAAACCUUUCACAGGAAUGAUGGUGAUCUUGAAACCAAAUGUUGAGCAUAGGUUAGAAGAGAUCUUCAUUAACAGGUUUUCUUGUUCCUCCUUUAUGAACAAAGCUAGUUUUAAACUGUAGAUAAUAAACUAGGAGAGAUCUUUGUAAAUCAACACAAAAAAAAUGGGUCUGCUUCAUAGAAGGCAAUUGACAUACGUGUAGCCAAAAAUCCAUAUCUUGAUUAAAGAAUUAGAAAUCUGGUAUAUCAGUCUUAUAACAAAAGAUGGAAAAAAUCUUGAAUCUGGUCUUGAAAGGAGUAGAAGAAGUCUAGCUCUCAGUUUGCUCUCUGAGCCUCCUGAUGGUACUCCUGACAGUCGCAGCACUAGCCGUAUUCAUUGUGUAGGCGCACCUCCAGCCUUAAGUUUCCCACAGUCCCUGCAUCCCCAAAUUCGAACAGCCUUUCUUCUAACAGCAUACUUGCCACAGAACUCGCAGAAGUAUUUGCUGUGCUGACUCACUUCCAUCUUCUUGAUUUGCUUCCUAAGACUGGCACCAUAUCUGGUCCCUUUUCAGACAAAAUAUCAACAGAUUCAGAAACAAACCAACACAGAAACAAUGUAUAAUGGCUGAAAUGAAAAGAGGGGUCUUACGAUUCCACACAGCAGAGCAAUGAAGUAAUUAUUUGAAUCACAAAGAGAGUUAUGGCACUCACCAUUAUACACUUUCCUUAGUUGGAUUCAGUUUUAUAUUUAAGUACAUUUUUUUCUUUGUUAUUCAAAUUUAGUCUGGAUUCGAUUUCCAUUUAUCUAUCGGUUUGUAUAAUAUAUAAAUGAUUCUAAUUGAAUGAAAGACUGAAAUUUUUGUA